CCUUUUCUUAACAGGCCCACAGCCCGAACCGAGAUUUUGUAAGCUCGUCACGUCCCUUAAACCCUGAAAUCUGAAUCUCAUCGUUCCCAGUGGGAUACAGUAGUAGUGAAGCAAAAAUCAUGGCGAGGCGUUGCAUGUCGUUUUCUCGGACACUUCUAUCCAGCAGUAGACCAUCAACAGUAGGUUCCUCUGCAAGUGUACAAUCUCUUCUCGGCCAGCGCCUUCAGUCUCGCCGUUCUCUUUCCACCAUUCUCACCAGGACUAACGGAGUACUGGGAUGCGUCCAAUCGCUCUUACCGCUUCACAGCGCUGUGGCGGCCACCCGUCUGACAUCACACAUUCAAAUGGAGGCGCGCACUUGUUGCCAGUUGUCUCAGGGUACUUAAGGAUGCAUUACGUAUUAGCUGGAAAACCUGCUGUACCAAACAUUUUGGAGAGUUUUCUGUGAACUUUUCCGUGGAAGUACAAAGCUGUAAGCUCUAAAUUCAAUUUGCUUUCCUAGUUAUUUUUGGGUUGAUGUUGGAAAUUCCAGAAUUCUUGAAAGCCCUGAAAAUGAUAAUUCUAUAGGAGAAACUUAUAAGAGUCCUUACAGUUUUAUGUUGAUAGAGAUCAUCUCUUCAUUUGAAGUAUUUAAAUUUUUUGAUAUCA